UAACACGCACCUCCAACAACGUUAAAUUCUGUGUUGCCCACGAUGUCUAAAACGAACGUAAGAAGACAGGGUGUGGAGAGGUGCAGGAGUGUGAAAGAGACACAGAAAAUAUUGAACCACAACUUUUUCAGCAGAAACCUGAAGAAAGUGUACCCCAUUGGGCUUCAGAAAAGCACUUCAUCUUUGUCUUUGUCUUCCAUAUCCUUGUCUUUGUCGCAAAACUCCAACGAUUCUUCUCAGGCUGAUUCUUUGACUCCACUGGAUGAGAAGAUUUCGCUGGCACUGCGUUUGAUUUCACCUCGUGAUACAAGAGAAGAUACAAUAGCUUCUAAGCCUCUUCAGCAACACCAACCACCAACUUCACCACCCACCACUGGAACUGGGGAGUUCAAAAGAUGUAACUGGAUCACAAAGAACAGUGAUAAUGCCUACAUAGAAUUUCAUGAUGAGUGCUGGGGAGUUCCAGCUUAUGAUGACAACAAAUUGUUUGAGCUGCUUGCAAUGUCUGGAUUGCUCAUGGAUUACAAUUGGACAGAAAUUCUUAAAAGAAGAGAAACUCUUAGAGAAGUUUUCGCUGGAUUUGAUGCAAACACUGUUGCGAAAAUGGAGGAAAAGGAAAUAAUGGAAAUUGCAUCAAACAAAGCACUUUCUUUAGCCGAUAGCAGAGUGAUGUGCAUAGUAGACAAUGCCAAAUGCAUAACAAAGAUUGUUAAAGAAUGUGGAUCAUUGAGCAGUUACAUAUGGGGUUACGUAAAUCAUAAACCAAUAAUAAACAGAUACAGAUACCCAAGAAAUGUGCCAUUGAGGAGUCCGAAAGCAGAGAUCCUAAGCAAGGACUUGGUGAAGCGUGGAUUUCGGUUCGUGGGUCCUGUCAUUGUGCACUCUUUUAUGCAAGCUGCAGGCUUGACCAUUGAUCAUCUUGUCGAUUGCUACAGGCACCAUGAAUGUGUCAGCCUUGCAGAAAGACCUUGGAGGCAUAUCUAACAUUUUUUUUUUUUUUGAGAAUUUAUUGCAAUAUCCAACGUCUCAAUUCAUAUUCAAGUAACGUGUAAUUGAGAUUUGUUACUUUUUUUUCUUAUCAUAAACUGAAAAUUUUGAUUAUAUUUUGUCAUGUGAAGUUAUAAAUAUGCACUCAUCCUGUAAUAAUUCUUUCAAAUUUUCAACCAAAUAGAGAGACAUGAGUUAUGUAUAGUUACGUUUUUCUCUUGUUAUAUUUUUGGACACCUGUACACUCAAAUGAAUAUCUCUCUAUAUAUUGUAUAGAUUUUUUUUUUGAGAAAGUUUGUUUGAGACUGAAAAUUACUCUCGACACCGUGAUGAUGACGUGUUGGGGGCUAAAUUCUUCAGUGAUGAAAGGGCAGAAUAGGGAACAUAGAAAAGUGGAAAAAACAAUGAAAGGGCAAAAAGGUGAGAGUGGGGAAAUUGAAAUGUGAAUGAAUGUGGAGUUAAAGAAGGGUGAGUGAAAUUUCAAAUCUGAAACAGAGAAGGGUGGAGGGAACGUCAACUUGACUGGUAUCGUUGCAGUUGCGGUUGGUGAUUCGUUGAAGCAGCGUUUGAAGUCGACGGUUUGGAGCGUGACCACAACAGGUGCAAACUGCGAUUAAGGUCAUUACUGAGAUCACUAUGUCAAAUGAGGAGCUUGGUUACAAAGCAUUGCUUCGGGAAGUAUCUGAUCAAGAGGCAAGUCUUGCGGAGCUUGAGAAACAUGUCAAUGAGUUAAAACAAUCUUUAGCAGAAAAGCGAAAUGAAGAACUUGGUUACGAUAUUGUGAAAGAAGCCUUUGAGAAAUUGGGGUUUGGUAUUGAGGAGAAGAAGCCAACAAUGUUCGAUGUGUGUUCUCCUACUGCAGAACAGAAGGCAUUGCUUCAGCGGACACUCGAUGUAGAGGCAAGAAUUGCGGAGCUUGAGAAAAUUGUCGCUGAGUUUGAACAACUUUUAGCGCAAAAGAGGGAUCAAUGAGCGAUUACAUUCUUUGAAUGUACCGAAGCGUAGUAGGAGGGGUUUGAACACUGGUCAUAAGACAAAGAAGUUGAAUUGAAUGACAAUGUGCACAAUCUAAUGUGUACACAUGGCGAAAGUAUGAACCGAGGAAGUGAGUAAAAAGUGUUGUUCAAACACCUUGAACCAUGUAUUCAAGGAGAACGAAGAGACAUCAUCAGUUAGCUGUGAAAAAAUAGGGUUUAAUUAGGUUUUUGGAAGCACAUUAUUUUUGUAACAGAAUAUGUUGACGUUGUUCACUUGAAGACAUUUCAUGAUUUUGCUUUGAUAGUAACUUACGUAAUUUAUAUUGGUUGGUG